AAACUGCUAAUCCUCUCAAAUUUAUUCCCUUUUUCCACAGGGGGACUUGAUCUCAUCUUCAUGCCAGGUCUUGGGUUUGACAAACAUGGCAACCGGCUGGGGAGGGGCAAAGGCUAUUAUGACACCUACCUGAAGCGCUGUCUGCAGUGUCAGGAAGUGAAACCCUACACCUUGGCCUUGGCUUUCAAAGAGCAGAUUUGCCUGCAGGUCCCAGUGGAUGAACAUGACAUGAAGGUAGAUGAAGUUCUUUACGAAGACUCUUCACCAUCUUAAGACCAGAUGACUACAGCCAAAUAAUCAGUGUUUUGUAUCAGAGUUAGGAAUAUAUGUAUAUUUUUUCCUGUGUAAAAAAUUAAUUGAAAUUUCACAUUAAAUUGAAUAUGGACUCGGAUAAUUUUUAGUGUAAAUAUGAAAUACCUAAUAUUAAAUUGUCUUUUGAAAUCAAUAUAAAUGUGAAUACUAGAAUAUUGAUUAAAAUGGAGGGUAUCACCAUAUGAUUUUCAACAUAAUUUCCUGGUGUUAAUGUGACAAGUUAAUCUCUCGGUUUUGCAGUUUAAGUUAAAUAUUUAUGAGGAACUGUGUUCUAACUCAGAGUGUGAGAGGAAGGUAAACACAUGGUGGGUGGACACUGUAUUUCAUUUUGGCCUGUCAUGGGCCUGGCCAGACAUACAGAGACUUGGAGCUUAUUAAUUGAUUUGUCGGUGUUUUAGGUACCAAAUUUCCUGAUAAUAUUGUACUAAUUCAUCAUGAUUUCAUUUACUCACCCUGAAAUCUGAUGUUUGGCACUUUGUAGUUGUUGGUGGUUAAUGUAUGAAAAUUUUUGAUGAUUUAAAUAUUUUCAUUUAACUGAUUGGUCUCUCUCGCUGUUUUGUGUGUCACUUUAAGAUCUGAUAUAAGUUAGGAAUUGUGUCUGUUUGCUCAUGGGUUCUGUUUUGGAAAAUGAAAGUUGCUGUUAGCUGAAGGUUGGCAGAUGGCCUCACAGCUAGACCGUGGUAAUUUUGUUGGUGGGGGAGGAUUUGGUUAUCACCAGAAAACCCAGGAGUCUUCCUGGACUCCACUCUCCUCUCAUUUCCCACCUCCUGCCUGUCACCAGCUCCUGUUGAUCUUGCCUCCAAAAUGCGUCUUACAUCUGCUCUCCUCUCCUUUGUCCUGCUGCUGCUUUUGUCCAGCCCCUCAGUAUUUCUAAGUGGAAUUAGGCAAGCGUCUCAUACCUGGCUUCUUUUCCUCCAAUGUCUUUCAGAGUGGUAUUAUAAAACAUAAAUCUGAUCAUGAAGCACUUCUGAUUGGAGUAUUUUGGGGACUCUUCAGAGCCCUCUGGGUUUUGGUGAUGUCUUCUAUUGUGUACAACAUCCCUUAGGAGAGGCUACCACCUUCCUUUUUCUAGUCUCUUGUCUUUACACCCCACAUUCUCCUUCUAUGCCACAUAUUGAGCAUUACAGGCUGCUUYUGCCCUUUGCACUGAGUGAACCCUUUUGGCUGAAACACUCAUUUUGUGCAUCUGGACAACUGCUAUGCCUCCUCAGGACUGUGCUCCUGCUUUGCCUCUUCUGUGAAGUCUUCCUCUGCUUUCCCAGGCAGGUGUAUGUUCCAUUCCUUGUUUGAACAACCCUGGCUGUUCAUCUUCUUGUUCUCUAUAGCACUUAUUAGUUUACAUACUUCACAGAACUGUGAGUGCCAAAGACUUCAUACUUCAUAGACAGUGAGACAUAGAGUGGGUGUUUGAAAAUAUUUUUAAUGAGUUAAUUGAAUAUAUUUAGAUGUAUUUCACUUAAAACAUAGAUCCACCAUUCUUUGGAUUCAUGAUUCAUGAUUUGGAUUCAUUUGUGAUUUAUUAUUUCAUGCACAAAAGUAGGAAAAAUCCCACAACUUGCUAUACAAAAUUACAUAUAAGAGGUUGUGAGGGGAAUGGGAAAAUAAACAA